GAUCAACUGAACCUAGAACAUAGAUACAGAGACACUUGUCAUCAGGAAGGUGAUCUCUCAGCACAACGGAAAAUAUCCCAAUGACUUGACAUGUUCUGGUUGUGAAUUCAGGCUACAAGGGGACAGUUCUCUAAAAUGAGUCUCUCUGGAGCGAGAAAGAAGGGGGGCCCUGCCUCUAAAAUGAGACUCUCUGGGGAGAGAGAGGAAGGGGGCCCUGCCUCUAAAAUGAGUCUCUCUGGAGCGAGAAAGAAGGGGGGCCCUGCCUCUAAAAUGAGACUUUCUGGGGAACAUGACACCAAAGCUAAGAGACCAAUCAAGCAGGAGAGACCAGCCUCCCCUGUUCCCAGCUGUGUGUCCAUGAAGAGUGACUGGUCUAUGGGUCAUCCUAUACACUUUAGAGAGGGAGACUUUUCUACUGAACAAAGAAACCAACAGGAGAGAUCAGAGUCAGAGAUUCUCAGUGGUCAGUCUUCCCAGAGUCAUCAAACAGACCUGGCCUCCAUAUUCAGUAUGCUUGAAGAGAAAAUUAUGACAUUUGUGAAGAACGAGCUGAAGAUGUUCAAGAGGAUUCUUAGUCCAGAACUCCCAGAAGGCUUUGAGAGUCAGAAGCAGGAUAAGGAAGUGGUGGACCCUGAAGAUGAGAAGCAGGAGAGCAGUGCCAGAGAGGGGGCUCUGAAGAUCACACUGCACAUCCUGAGGAAAAUGAACCAGAAGGAGCUUGCUGACACACUGGAGAAAUAUUCAGAUGAGCUUGCUGUGAUUUGCCAGCGUGAACUCAAAUCUAAUCUAAAGAAGAAGUUUCAAUGUGUAUUUGAGGGGAUCGCUAAACAAGGAAACCCAACACUCCUCAAUAAGAUCUACACAGAGCUCUACAUCACAGAGGGUGGAACAGGAGAGGUCAAUAAUGAACAUGAGCUGAGACAGAUUGAGACAACAACCAGGAAACAAGCAAGACCAGAGACUGCAAUCAAAUGUAACGACAUCUUCACACCCUUAACUGGACAAGACAAACUUAUCAGAACUGUGCUGACAAAGGGAGUCGCUGGCAUUGGAAAAACAGUCUCUGUGCAGAAGUUCAUUCUGGACUGGGCUGAAGGAAAAGCAAAUCAGGAUGUCCAAUUUGUAUUUUCAUUCCCUUUUCGGGAGCUGAAUUUGAUGAAAGAGGACAAACACACUUUCAUUGAACUUCUUAAUCACUUCUCAAUGGAAACCAAACAAUCAGGAAUCUCCAUCUACAACAAGUACAAAGUUCUGUUCAUCUUUGAUGGUCUGGAUGAGUGCCGACUGCCCCUAGACUUCCAGAAGAACAAGAUCUGUUGGGACGUCACAGAGUCAACCUCAGUGGAUGUUCUGCUGACAAAUCUCAUCAAGGGAAAUCUGCUUCCCUCUGCUCUCCUCUGGAUAACUACCCGACCUGCAGCAGCCAAUAAGAUCCCUUCAGGGUGUGUUGACCAGGUGACAGAGGUACGAGGGUUCAAUGACCCACAGAAGGAGGAGUACUUCAGGAAGAGAUUCAGUGAUGAGGACCUGGCCAGCAGAAUCAUCUCACACAUAAAGACAUCAAGGAGCCUCCACAUCAUGUGCCACAUUCCAGUCUUCUGUUGGAUUUCUGCAACAGUCCUUGAACACAUGUUGAAACAUAAGAGAGAAGAGAUGCCCAAGACUCUGACUGAGAUGUACACACACCUUGUGGUGUUUCAUACCAAACAGAAGAAUGAAAAGUAUCUUGGGAAAGAAGAGACAGGUCCACACUGGAAUAAAGAGAGCAUUCUGUCACUGGGAAAACUGGCUUUUCAACAGCUUGUGAAGGCAAUCUGAUUUUCUAUGAAGAAGACCUGAAAGAGGCUGGCAUUGAUGUCAAUGAAGCCUCAGUGUACUCAGGAUUGUGCACACAGCUCUUUAAAGAGGAAUGUGGGCUGUACCAGGACAAGGUGUACUGCUUUGUUCAUCUGAGCAUUCAGGAGUUUCUGGCUGCUGUAUAUGUGUUCCUCUCAUUCAUCAACAACAAUGAGAAUCUAAUGGAUGAACCUGCAAACAAUGUU